ACGGCAAGUAACCCGCUGCAGGCUGGCCUCGCCAUCACACCGUCUAGCAAGAACAUAUACGCUAUCCCGUUCGCGCUUUGGCAAAUAUUGGCUCCCCCGAGCUACAUGCUAUUCUCUUCGCGAUACCUCUUUUACAAAGACUCACGCACUCGGACUCGCUUUACGAUCGAUCUACGAAGACGCGGAAUGGACUUAGAUAUGUCAUGUGGAUGGAUGAUGGAUGAUCAUUGAUACACGAACAUGUUUGGACGACCGGUCGAGAGUCGCGCACUGUACUAUACCAUGUUUCUCUUAGGCUUUGUUGGACUGCGUUUGGUUGCUGUGACUUUCGUUGUACAUGUAGUGGCUGGGCGCGAGAUAGGAAGAAGUGAAUGUGGACGGAUGUCGUCGUUGGUGCUACACCCUCAAGGGAUACUCGAGUCCGCUGUUCCUGGUUUCGUCAAACGAGCAGCGGUUUACGGUUCGUUUCAAAGGCGCCUGAGGGCCCUCACCACAUGCGUGCCACGUGACCGUGUUCAUGUUUUGACUCUUGAGACCGCAUUGCAUCGGAAAAGAAAAUAUUGUACAGCCAGUAAAGAGGUAUUCUAUCAAUUGCAUCAUUGUCCGAAAAAUGCUGCUGCAUGUUUAGUUGGGUGCAGUAAGGAAAAGUAAGGAACCUCCUGGAGCUGACAAGAGGACCAGGAGUCCUGCAUUGGUGCCGAUCACUACCAUAGAUCACAACUCACCUGCAGA